AUGAAAAGUGAAAAGGGUGAUAGCAGCGAUUCAAAACCGAAGAUUGAUCCAAGUUUCAAAUCCAAAAGAUACAGAGACAAACUUCGGACGGAAAUCAAAGCCUUGGAAGUUCUACUGCCAGUGGACAGAACGGUACUUAACCGGAAGCUGGAUAGCCAGACUGUAUUUCGCCUCGUCAUCUCCUACUUCCGGUCUAAAAUUUUCUUCAAAGCUGCUGGUUUUUACGACGAUGAACACGACGAUUCAUUGGCUGAAGAUUCUACAGAACCUGACUCCGACAAAGAGGAAACGUCAAACAUCGAGAUUAUUCAUGGGAAAAGUGCCAUCCAGGUACUGGAUGGUUUUCUUCUGACCCUGACCACUGAUGGAACUAUUCUAUAUGUAUCCGAGAACAUUCUUCAGUAUCUAGGCUACAAUCAGAUAGACUUGAUGCAUCGGUGUCUGUAUGGAAUAGUGCACCCUGAUGAUCACUACGAGCUGAAGACCAUCUUAGAAAAUUCGCUGCCAAACGACCAACUUCAGACGACAUCAGCUGACAGUCAAUGCACAGAAACAAGUUGCGGUGAAAAGGCCGACGGGAUGGAACUGUGCAAGGCCGUGUCCUUCAUCAGUCGUAUGAAGUGCUUCAGUGGAACAUCAGCAGGUUACCUGAAAAUCCACUGUUCUGGCAAGGUAAUGGACUUGUCAGAAGGGUGGAAGAACAAGAGGGCAUCUAGUCAGAUCGUUUUUCUCUACUGCCAUCCAUUCAUGCUGAACACCACGGAACUAGCAGACGACAUUCGGCAAAAUGUCUUCUGGACAAAACACGGCAUGGAUCUCAAAAUUAAAGAAGUUGAUGCGAAAGCUUCAUAUAUAUUGGGUUACGACAGCGAUGAUCUAGCUGGACGUUCGUUCUACUCUCUCAUACACAUAGACGAUGUUGCCACGUGCCUAGCAUGCCACAGAGCUCUGAUGGGAAGUUCUGAGAUACAAACCAUAUAUUAUCGGAUCCAAAGUCUGAAGGGUACGUGGGUGUGGCUGCAGAGUCGAGGAAAGGUCAUCAGCAAGAACUGCAAGAAGUUUUCCAUAGUAUUUUCCCACUGUCCCGUCAGAGAAGAAGACAGCACAUACAUUCAGCAAGAAAUAGUGCUAAGACAACGUUAUGCUGUGAAUGAUCUGAUGUCCAUGAUACAGUUUGGCCACUACAAAACUCCUUGGAAGAACAUCCGUGAAACAGCAGCAGAUGGGGCGGAGGAGCAUGUUUCCAAGAGACACUGUGAUCCACAACCCCAGUUCAAUGCAGAACAGGAUGAUCUGGCUUUGUCCUUGCCUUGUCAAAUGCUUAUGCCUUGUCCUUCAAGCUGGCACACUCUCACGGACAGACACUCUCCAAUCCUUCCUUCUAGUCAUGUGGCCCACAAGAUCUCUCAACGGGAGAAACAGCUGCAAUUCCAAGAGUUCAAACGACGUCAGCAGCUGGAGCAGCACUGUCCUCAUCCUGGAAUGGCAUUGUGGGAAAUUUCUCCUGGCAGAAAUGCACCACAGGCAUAUGACGUUCAAGCUGAAAGAGGCACAUUCAUUCCCCAGACAAUCGGUUCAAUGCCAGGAUACUCAAAUAUGUGGCACUCCAUGCCCACCUGCAGACAUCCUUCAGAGAAUCAUUCAUUCAACCCUGGCUACUAUCAAGGUUUUUCAAUCCAGCAGCAUCCACAAUAUGGAGGACCUAUCCCACAGUGGUUGCCACCAAACUACAGUAAUCAACCUUUCCAGUGUGUCCAGGCUAACAUUUCAUUCUUGCCAAGUGCUCAACUGUACAUGUACACAAACAUAAAUGUCCAAACAAUGCCUCCAUCUCCCCCUCCAUCGCCCUUAGGAACAAGGCAAUCAUAUCAACAUAUUUAUAACACAAACCCAAUUACCUGUAACUACCCAUCACAGAGUCAUCAAAUGUUUCCAAAUCCCGAUGAAAACCGAAUGGUUUUGGCACAUCCAACUCCUUACAAUGAAUCACCUAAUGGUUUGCCAAAAUAUACUCUUAAACCCAGCUGCAGUGCACCAAUCUCUCUAUCUACUAAUGAAAACCAACAGGCAUCAUCAAAUGGAUGCAGUGAAAUAUCCCAUCCAUCCUUGCAUAAUGAACAGAAAUUUCAGGUGGUGCCGGUGCCAGUUCCAUCCUGUGCUGUUGCCAGUGGUAGCUGUACUAAACCCAUGGAGAUAUCUUCACCAGAGGUGGAACUUGAUCAACACAUGUCAAUUGUUGAACCAAGUAAAUCACCAGAAGACAGGGAGUAUGUUGAUUUGCCAUCCAUUGGCAGCUUUCUGGAAUACCUCAAUGAGGUAUAAGACACUAGGUACACAUAUUAAACUAUAAUUUAAAGCACUUGGAGACUGACUGCCAUCUAUUGGCAGCUUUCUGGAAUACCUCAAUGAGGUUUAAGACGCUGCGUACACAUAUUAAAGCACUUAAGAGACUGAUUGCGGGUUCUGCAAAAGGUAUUCCGGGGCUAAGGAUCAGCAAAUGAUUGGGGUUUCAUAAAGAU